GUUUAAGCUGGACUUGGUUCAGUCCGGAUCAGAACACCAUGGCGAUUGAUGGUGGGGAGCGGAGCUGUGGAGUACACGAACUCAUCUGCAUCAGAAAAGUGUCUCCCGAGGCUCUGGGUUUCCUCUCCGCCGUCGCCGUUUUUGUUUUUCUUAUGAUUCUUGUUUUUUUGUUCCUCAAUAACAAACUGUCCAUCGAGAACGUCGCUCCGCAGCCGCUCGACCACUACAGGAAGGGUAAAGAGCUACCAGAUAAGGGCUAUGGAGAGGCGGAUUUUCAGGCCUGGUCAUCAGACAGCGAUGACGAGGUGAUGGGUCAGUAUCAGGAGGCCAUGACGCGCUCGCGGGGUCUCCGAGGCCGCUGCUCAGGGGCUGGAGCCCCUCAUCAUAAAGGCUUCAGCUGGGAGACGCAGCACAAAUACUGCCCCCUGUCUGCCGAGUACGACGGGUACAGCAGCGAGGCUUCUGCUGAGGACGUGAACUGUAUUCAGAGGAUGAGGUUGACUCCGCCCCUUGACGAGCUCCAGCCGCCUCCCUAUCAGGACGAAGACGGCUCGACCUCUGACCUCGCCGACACCAAGAGCGAAGCGCACGACCCCGAGAGCUUCAGCAACGCCAAGGGCCUGGAGGAGGACGUCCCGAGUGACAGCACAGCUGUGCUCAGCCCCGAGGAUCUGUCUGUCCGUGGUUCCUCUUCUCCUCUCCUGAAGCUUUACUCUCCCGACUCGCCCUUCUCUCCGUUCGGGACGCUGCACAUCCUCUUCGACUACGAUUUGCACCAGCGCUGCCUCUCAGUCACCGUAACCGCGGUAACCGACCUCCCAUCGCCGCGACGAUCACCCGGCAUCGCCUGGCAGCUCCACCUGGUGCUGCUCCCCGCCAAAAAGCAGCGUGCCAAGACGGCCGUGGCCAGGGGGCGGAGCCUCAGCGAGACGUUCCGCUUCAGCCACGUCCAGUCGGAGAGCAUCGGGAACUACGGCGUGCGGUUUCGUCUCUACAGCAUCAGCAAGAUCAAGAAGGAGAAGAAGAUGCUGGGAGAGAAAGUGUUCUACCUCACCAAACUCAACCUGCAGGGCAAAAUGGCCAUCCCUUUGCCUCUGGAACCCUGCUGCAGCACCACAGCCAGCGAGUCUCAGACGAGUGUGUCUGCUGCCUCGUGCAGUGAGACAGCGUCUACGUUCCAGUCCACAGGUCAAAGGUCAUCGCCUGAGAUACUGCUAGGACUUGUUUACAAUGCCACCACGGGCCGCCUCUCUGUCGAGGUCAUCAAGGGGUGUCACUUCAAAAACGUGGCCACCAACAAACCGCCCAAUGGACUGUUCUGUUGUCUAAAGCACUUGAUAGGUGGGCAGGUUUAUAUAAUCCGAGACACGUACGUGAAGCUGACCCUGCUGAACUCCAUGGGUCAGGAGAUGUCCAAGUGUAAGACGUCCCUGUGCCGUGGCCAGCCGAACCCCACCUACAGGGAGACGUUCGUGUUCCAGGUGGCGCUGUUCCAGCUGUCGGAAGUCACGCUCAUUCUCUCCGUCUACAACAAACGCAGCAUCAAGCGCAAGGAGAUGAUCGGCUGGAUCUCUCUAGGCCUGAACAGCUCUGGCGAGGACGAGCUCACGCACUGGACUCAGAUGAAGGAGUCUAAAGGACAGCAGGUGUGUCGAUGGCACAGUCUGCUCGAGUCUUAGGGAGCAUCAUGACCACCAUGACGACGAUGAUGAUGACGAUGAUGUAAAAAAAAAAAAAGUGACAAAAUCAAGAAGGGGAGAAAAAGAGCAAGGCAUUACGGGAAAUAAAUCCUGAGAAUGCAAGGAUGAUGAAGAAAGAAGUGAAGAAACGAAAACUCGCAAAGCAGGGCAUUAUGGGAAAUAUCUCAGCGUAUCAGUAGAGAGCAGGUGCGACAUCGGCCCCGCCUCUUUACAUCGCAGGAAUGUGAGGAUGAUGAGGAUGAGGAAGGUGGAAAGUCAAGAAAAAACAAGGAGCAAGUGAAAGAGUGAAACAAUUUCCGGAGCCACGAUGAUAUGAUGAGGGAAAUAUGGAGGCCUCGGCUCACCUGAACAGUGUAUUAUGGGAAAUAUCUGUGUGUCGAUAGGAAUGUGAUGAUGAAGAAAGGAGCAAGGAAAGAUAAAAUACGUCAAGCGGGAAAAAAAAAAUUUGAUCCAUGCUGAUGAUGAUGAGGAGGAGCAGAAGAGGAAGAAGGAAACCACCAGAGCAGUGCAUUAUGGGAAACGGUCAAGGGUCCGAAGCCAUUCCGUUGCCUUGAACGUUUUAGGAAUUCAGUCAGAUUUGAGCAAAACAACUCUUAACCCGCAGUGCAUUAUGGGAACGAUUGAAAAAAAUGCUAACCUUUAAUGGAGGAGAUGGAUUUCUGUUAUUAUUUAUUGUUUAUUUAUUUAUUAUUAUUAUUAUUAUUUCCUGUUUAUUAUUCAUGUGUUUGGUUUGAAACGGUUCCGAUUGAGCAGAGAACGAGAGACGGAACAGAGACAGUGGAUCAGUGACGGCGUUUACAAGCCAGAGGUCCAAUCACAGUUUUAAAAUGAACAACCCCAAAUAUUCUGGUCCAAACCCUGCCCCGCUUAGCCCCGCCCACACGAUCAUUUUUCUGUAGUCUGACAUUAUUGCCCCAUUUUACCCCUUGAGCCAGAGCCAGCGCUGAUUUGGUUCUACGUUUUUGUCAGUUUGAGAACCUUCAGAAGUGAGCGCCCCCUAGAACGCAGAAAUACUAUAACAGCGAGUGUCACAGCCUCUCUCUUUACAGGUUCACAGCCUCUCUCUUCGCAGGUUCACAGCCUCUCUCGUCACAGGUUCACAGCCUCUCUAUUUACAGGUUCACAGCCUCUCUCUACACAGGUUCACAGCCUCUCUGUCCACAGGUUCACAGCCUCUCUCUUCACAGGUUCACAGCCUCUCUCUUCACAGCACUAGUGAGGGUUUCUGUAUCGUUUACGUAAAUUUAGUAACGGCGAAUUAAAUGCUUUCUCCUUCAUGAAACCCUCGUCUGAUUGGUUAAACAUAGCGGAAGCACUCAUUUGCAUAAAUUCGAGCCUCUCUGAGCUUUUAACCAGCUGGGCAGAAUUUACAGCAAGGCCGAUUUCAUCAGUUUAGCAUCCAGUCCUCCAUCAUCCACAGCAUCAUAAAUUAUGAUUAGCGUUGCUCACACAGUUAGUUAGCAUUAACGAUGUUUGUCGCAAACAUGUUUGUAGAGCAAAAAUUUCUGAAACUUAAUUUUAAAAGAAUCAGUCAGGGCGUGUUUAAAAAGAAAUCACGAGCCUACACUUACUAACAAAAUAGAAAUGUUUAAAAAGCAACUCACAAAAAAAACUGGUCAACUAGUCAGAUUUCUAGCUUAGCAUUCUUGCUAGUUAGUGCUUUCCCAGUUACGAACGACACAAACAAGCAGGUUAAAGACAUGACACUGAGUUUUAAUGACUGCGAUCUCCAGUUUCCUGUAUUUUCGGUUUAGACUGAAAAAGAAUUAGUUCUCUAAUUUUAAAUAUGACCAAGAACAAGCUAAGUUUAAGAACUUGCCAACUAGCUAGCUUAUUUCAUCUUUAUCAACAAUGCCGAUGUUUGUCACUGAAACUAAAACGUAAACCAGUUUUCCUCAGCCAUCUUUUUUCCAAAAGUCUCAGUCUUGUGAUAAAAUGCUGGUCACUGAUUGGUCGCAAGAGGGCUCUGUGAUACCAGUCUUCCUAGAUACAAAAAGUUUUCGUGAUUAGCAUGAUAGCACGUAACUAUGUAUACAUCACACCAUUUACUGUUUUUUUUCCUUGAGCAAAGGUGGUUUAACUUCAUGAUUGUUAUGUACUGUAAAUGCUUUAAAGAAUUUUUUCGUAUCUAUUUUUCUACCAAUCUUUAAGAAUACGAAGCUACGAAGCUCUGUGAGCGAACCUGAGUUGUAGACACGGGGUCUACUUUUGCAAGAUUUUGCAGGUUUCAGUAGUUUUGCUUUAUUGUGCGUCAUCAUUAGUUUAGGAUUAACGAAUUAUUGAAAUAUUUAUUUUCCUAAUUUGCAAUUUACAUGCAUCCCGUUUUAAUGAAUGGAGUUAAAAGAUGGGAAAGAAAACAGAGUGUAAGGUGGAGUGAGUGUGUGUGUGUGUGUGUGUGUGUGUGUGUGUAUGUGCGUGUCCAAGUAUUCUGCUGCCUCUGUACGUUUUGUGCUGUGAGCUUCGCUGACAUCAGCAUCUCUGGAAAAGAUUAAUGACGUUCUUGUGUUUUGUUUAAAAAAAAAAAGAAAUAUUGCUGCAGAUCUCUGAUGAAACAAGCACAUUUUUC